AUGGAGCUUACCAUAUCCACAGUAGCAGGUGAACUCGUGAGCCGAUUCGUCUCCUUCGUCGCCGACAGGUACCUCCACUCUAUCCGCUCGGCACAAUCGGAAGAGAAGCAGCUGAAGGAGCUGCAGCGGCUACUCCUGAGAGCUCGCACAGUUGUCGAGGAGGCGGAUGGGCGAUACAUCACCAACCCCGGGAUGCUGGCGCAGCUCAGCAUGCUCACGGACGCCAUGUACCGAGGCUACUGGGCACUAGGGGCCUUCAGGUACAUGUCACUCGAAGAGACAGAGACUACUCCCAUGGAGGAGGGGGGAGUUCGCAACUCGUCUCCUCCCAAAUGUCUCUGCAAGGUUCAUGGCAGCGCCAAAAAGAACAAGUCGAUGUACCUUGUCGACUUGCAAGGCGAGGUGGAGAGCUUGGAGGAUGUCAUCGCCGGCAUGAUGGAGUUUGUUGUUCUCUUGGGCGGAUGCGACCGUAUGCUGCGUAGGCCGUAUGACUCGUACCUUUACAGCGACAACAUCAUGUUCGGACGCUACACCGAGAAGCAGAAGCUCCUGAACUUUGUGCUGCAGCACCACGGCUCUCCUGGUGGCUCUCCGGCUGUUCUCCCGGUCAUCGGUGGUCCAGUGGUCGGGAAGAGGACCCUGGUCGCCCAUGUAUGCAAGGAUGAGAGGGUCAGCUCACACUUCUCUUCGAUUCUGCACCUGAAUGGAGACUCCUUCCGCAGAAUCGCAGACCAUGAUCGGAGCUUCUUGCCAGGGAAGAUACUGGUGGUUGUCGAGCUUGUUGCAGACGUCAACGAGGAGGAUUGGGCUAAGUUCCGUUCAACUGUAGCAACAACCAUGGGCGAUGGAAGCAAGGUGAUCCUUAUCAGCCGGCUUAAAAGUUCGGAGCGACUUGGAACCGUUGAGCCAAUCUUCCUCAACAGUCUAUCGUACGAGGAGUUCAGUUACCUCUUCAAGACACUCGCGUUUGGGAGCGCGGACCCAGUGCAGCACCCGCGGCUAGCACGGAUAGCAGACGAGUUUUCCAGAGAGUUGCGGUCGGAGUGGUCGCUUGUCGCCACAAAUAUCUUGGCGGACGUGAUGAGGAGGAACCUGAGUGUCCAUUUCUGGUUCCGUGUGCUGAGCAGGCUGAGAAGACUAGUCGAGAGGAACUUCUCCAUGUUCGGAGAGCACCCGAAGGACCUCCUGCAGAGACGCCACCAGGUAGACGUGACCGACUUCGUCUUGCAUCGUGCUGCUCCUCCGCUCCGCAUCGUGCCUUCCCUCAGUUCAUAA